UUCUAUUUCCAUUUCUAAUACAUAUAUAUUACACUCCCUCAACCCGACAAAAAAAAAAAAAAAAAAACUUAAUCGUGAACUGUUCUUGGCUAUUGCCACAGAUAUCACAAGAGAGUGGUUGGUGGAAAUGGGCGGGACUGGAAACUGGAUUGCUGAUUACCGGGAGUUGGACAUGAUGACGACCGUUGUUCUUCUUGGUUGCAGGGGAAGUGGAAAAAGCGGCACCGGAAAUUCAUUGGUGGGACGAAAAGCAUUUGAAACAGACUUUUCUAAACAUGCAACCGUGUGUCAGCGACAAGCGACUGUGGUCCAAGAUGCUCAAGUUCUCCAUGUUAUUGACACUCCAGGAGGGUUUCUUGAGCCAGGGUUUAAAAAAGAGGAGAUCUGUAGAUGUUUGGAUAUGGCAAGAUUUGGAAUCCAUGCAAUCCUCUUUGUUGUAUCUCUUCAAAGAGGAUUCGGCAAGGAAGUAGAGGGAGUUGAGGCAUUGAAACAUUAUUUUGGACCAAGGAUUGUGGAUUAUAUUAUUUUUGUCUUCACAGUUGGUGACGAACUAGAUGAUAAAAAAGAAGUUUUAGACGAUUGGCUAGCGCGCACAUGCCCUAGUGAUUUCAAGGAAUUUAUUGUGAAGUGUGGAAACAGAAGAAUAGUAGUUGAGAACCAGGCCAAGGAUGCACUCAAGAAAGCCGCACAACUUGAAAACCUUCUUAUUCUUGUCAGUGAGACUGUGGCAAUAAAUGGAGGAAAACCCUACACUGAAUUUUUGGUGCAUCAGAAGGCCAAUCAUGGUAGGCUUGAUCAUCAGAACGAUGAGAUGGUUAACAAGUUGAAAGAGCAAUUGAAGAGUAUUCAAGGGGAGCAUGAAAGAGGACAAGAUGAAAUUUGUAAAUUGAAACAAGAACUUGCCAAAGUGCUCAUGGAAGCUUCUCAGAAUCUGAAAGAUGAUUUUUUGCGAGUAACUAAACGAGAAGAAGAAGCACAAGAUGAGAUUCGUAAGUUGAGAGAGAAGCUGGAGAGAGCUCAAAUGGAGGUCAUCGAAAGGUUCAAAGAGGAUUUGAGGAGAGCUCAAAGCCAAGUCUAAAACGGGAAUUGCCGUUUAUUUCAAAUUCAAAUACUCCCUCCGUCCCAUAAUUAUUGUCUAAUUUUACUAAAAUGAAAGAUUUUAUUUUUGGUCAAACUUAACUAUAUUUUACCUUAA